AUGAAGUUUUCGACGCUCUUCGCCGGCGCGCUGCUGGCAGGCUCUGCUGUGGCAGGUGCCAUCACCAACGAAAGCGGCAAUGCCAGCGACCAGAAGGUCAAGAUCCCGGUCACCACCGCCAACUCUCGCGGUGCCUCGGAUGUUGCGCCCAAGCUCAUCGCCACCCAGAUCAUGGACAAGGUCACCGACGUGCUCACCGCAUCGCCCGUCUCCAAGCUCAUGAAGCGCCACCGCCGCACCAUCAACAACAUCGAGCGCGCCGCCGACUCUUUCGACAAGCGUGCGCUGCCCGCUCUUCGCUUCCCCUACCAGAAUGGCAACCGCAAGGUGCGCGGUGUCUCGCUCGGCGGUUGGCUCGUCGUCGAAAACUUCAUCACGCCCAGCAUCUACGGUCAGACGGGCAACCCCAAGAUCAUCGACGAGUGGACCUUUGGCUCGCUCCAGCCGCGCAACAAGGCCGUCUCCAUCCUGCAGAACCACCUCAACUCGUUUGUCAGCGAGGACGACUUCAGGCAGAUGGCCGCCGCCGGUCUCAACCACGUCCGCAUCCCCAUCGGCUACUGGGCCUUUGAGGUGGGCUCCGGCGAGCCUUUCCUCAAGCUCAACCAGUGGGACCUGCUCAAGCAGGCCGCAGUUUGGGCUGGCAAGUACAACCUCAAGGUGCUCGUCGACCUGCACGCUGCGCCGGGCAACCAGAACGGCUUCGACCACGGAGGCAGGCGAGGUGUCAACGCCUGGGCAGGCAACGCCACCAACGUGCAGCGCACGCUCAACGUGCUCCAGACCAUGUCGCGCGAGUUCUCCCAGGCCAAGUACGCCAACUCGGUGACUGCCAUUGAGCUGCUCAACGAGCCCGUCACCGACCAAAACGUCGUGCUCGACUUCUACAAGCGCGGCUACGAGGUGGUGCGCUACCCCAACGGUCGCAACGCCGCCGAGUCUCCGCUGCUCGUCGUCAUCGGCGACGAAUUCAUGUCGCCCGCCUGGUCCAACUACUGGAACGACAAGCUGCUCCCGCCCCAGUACGAGGCCGUCUCGGUCGACUCGCACAUCUACACCAUCUUUGACGACAACUCGCUGCGCCUCUCGAGCAAGGACCGCACCGGCUACUACUGCUCGCUCAAGCCCAAGAUCGCCGCCGCCAACAAGGUGCACUACCAGCUGCUUGGCGAGUGGACCCCCGCCUUUACCGACUGUGCCCAGGGUCUCAACGGCCGUGGUCGUGGUGCCAGGUACGAUGGCACCUUCACCGGCAGCAAGGGCAAGAUCAACUCGUGCGGCCCAAAGACCGGCGACGCCUCCGGCUUCUCCGACAACUACAAGCGCCUCCUCGGCACCAUGUGGGAGUCCCAGGUCGACUCGUAUGAGGCCGGCAUCGGUUGGCUCAUGUGGACCUGGAAGACCGAACCCAAGGCCGCAGAGGACUGGAGCUACCAAAAGGGCCUCCAGUACGGUUGGAUCCCCAAGGACCCCACCAAGAGGCCCAACGGCUUCAAGUGCUAA